AACAAUCUAACCUUACUUUAUCGUGCUCUGAAAUUUAAAAUACAAACAUUUAAAUCUCAAUUAAUACUUGAAAUAAAAUGAGCUCAAAGAAAAAACUGAGGUCUUUGUUAUACGUGACACUAGCCGGUUAUGGUACAUUUUCCGCAAUAAGUAUUUACAAAGGCGACGAAAAAUUUUAUAAAAACUAUGUUAUGCCCGUUAUUCAUUUACUCGAUGCCGAAAGAGCUCAUAAUUUUGCAGUGCUCGCCAGUAAAUAUCGACUUUUUCCAAAAACUCGAUAUGAAGAUCCUGAACUACUAAAAGUAAAAAUAUUUGGCAAGGAAUUUUCCAACCCAGUAGGUAUUGCAGCAGGAUUUGAUAAAGACGGUAAGGCUAUUCUCGGAUUAAGAGAUAUUGGUUUUGGAUUUGUCGAAGUUGGAUCAGUUACCCCCGAGCCUCAACCAGGCAAUGAACAACCAAGAGUCUUCCGUUUAUUGAAGGAUUAUGCCGUUAUAAAUAGAUACGGCUUCAACAGUGAAGGUCACAGUGAAGUAUUAAAAAGAAUUGAGAAUGUCAGGCAGGACGCCCAAGAAUCAAAUAUUAUAGGUGUAAAUUUAGGGAAAAAUAAAUCUUCAACGGACCCAAUAAAUGAUUACAUUGAGGGAAUAAUCAAAUUUGGACCUUUAGCAGAUUAUUUGGUUAUAAAUAUAAGUAGUCCAAACACCCCCGGUUUGAGAAAUAUGCAACACAAAGAACAAUUGAAAAAAUUACUAGCCGUCCUUAUUGAAACAAGAAAUAACUUGCCACUAAAAGAAAAACCACCUCUGUUACUGAAGUUGGCUCCGGAUUUGAGUUACGCAGAAAAAAAGGACAUAGCGGACGUUUUAAACCAGAAAAAAUGUAGGGUGGAUGGCUUGAUCAUCAGCAACACUACAGUCGAGAGACCAGACAGUUUGAAAAGCGUAGAAACCAAGAAUGAAACGGGGGGCUUGAGCGGAGAACCUUUGAAAGACAUGUCUACACGGAUGAUAGCAGAUAUGAGUAAACUUACAGGUGGAUUGCCGAUUAUAGGUGUAGGAGGUAUUUCUUCAGGUCAAGACGCUUACGAAAAGAUUAAGGCGGGUGCGAGCUUAGUUCAGCUUUAUACAGCUUUGGUAUACGAAGGUCCACCUAUCGUCGCAAAAGUGAAAAAAGAACUUGUCGAACUGUUAAGUAAAGAUGGAUACAGCAAUGUUUGUCAAGCAGUUGGAAAAGGAAAUAAAUAGUAAUGCGAUAUUCUCUAUUUUUGUAAAUAUAUUGUGAUAUUCUUAAAAUCGUUAAUACAAUUCUUAUAAAAAUA